AUGGCUUCUUCGAGUGACGGCACCGCUUCACCCGCCAAUCACGACAGCAGUGGCGCAGAGCAGACUCAGAGCCAGCUUGUCGUCAAGCCCAGUCAAGAAGAGUUCGAUUAUGAGAUUUGGCGCGAGGGAAACCGCACAACGCAUGUGAAAUGCUACAGUAACACUGGCAAACCAUUCAACGAGCGCGAGUUGAGUGGAAUGUACACGCAGUAUAUCAAGCUCGUGUCUCCAUUUCCGUUCCAGGUGCUCCACACACUGCCGCGCGAGCUCAGAGAUGAGAUAUACACCUAUGCCAUGGUCCAAGGAAUCCUUCCAUCGGAAUUCACGAGAAAAAAACGCUUAAACGACGGCAUGAUCCACUUCUCUUAUAUUUCAUCAUCGCCAAUCAAUACGCCGCAUUACAUGCAUCUCAAGCCACUUAAAAGCAACAGCACGAGCAACAAAAAGCUCAAAGAGUACAUCAAGCAGAAGCAAAGCCUUACGCCAGGUUUGCUUGUCACCAGCCACCAGAUUUACCGAGAAGCAUUGCCAAUCCUCUACGGGUCCAACAAAUUCGUGAUGAACGCAGACGAAGUAUUGCCCGCUAUGAUCACGCAAUUUGGAAAUUAUGGCAACCACCUGCGAAGUCUCCAUCUGACCCGAUUUUGGGAGGCUUCCGGCGUUGGAAAGUACAUGGAGCCUCUUGUUCACUUGCAAUCCUUAACUGUGGAUUGCUCUUCUGAUCUUUUCGAUCAAGCACAAGACAUCGCACUUAUCGCCGGCAUAUUCUUCGACAAGACAUAUCGUUGGAUUCGAGGAGUAGCUUCGGCACACGAGGACGAGACGUAUGCUGCAAACUUAGUCGUCAUCAACUGUAAUAGGGAUUGCACUUUCGAAUGCAAAAUAGGGUUUUGGCAAAACUGGAGAAGAUGCGUUAUGGCGGACGCAUUUCAAUGCGAGCUCAAGAAGAUAAUACUUGCCCGCUCCAGUGUCUCUUUGCCGCUACUCAAGCUUCCACGCAAGGUUCGAGAUCUGGUGUACCAGUAUGCCAUGGUAUACACUCCCCCGGCGACUGUACAGCUUAACGAUGGUGUCAUCAACAUUGAAAUUGAUAAGGAGCGUGGUCCUUUAAGAAAAAUAUUGGAUUGGGAUGACGAUGAAUUCAGAGAGGUAAACGUAUAUGAUGGAUUCUUAUGGAGUGAGAGCCUCACGCCUGGCCUUCUUCGCGUCAAUCGUCAGAUAUACCAAGAGUCCGUUCAGAUACUAUACGGGAAGAACAGAUUCGAGCUCGAAGGUUCCGAAUCAGCUAAGGAGUGGCUCGACCGUAUCGGAUACUCUCACGUUUACCUGCGAGAUGUCAACAUUUGCUACCUUCCAGACGACCGCACUAUCUUUUACAAGCUCCUUCAUGUUGAUCGUCUAAGCUUCUACGAUUUUUCCUCGCCUGAUUUUGAUGGAAGCAUGUCCGGCUCGCCAGAGGAGAAGGCGGAAAUGUUCUUUGCGCUUGCUGGCCACUGGAUUGAGGGUGUUGGAAGCUUCCGAGGAGGAAGAGCUGCGGCCAUUGAUCGGAUUCACCCUUCUGCUCCCGUGUCCGAGGACGAGGAAGAACAGUGGGUGAGCAGAUUUAGGGUGGAGCUCAAGAAAAUCUGCGGUUGA